GACGUCGAGUCUUGGUUUUGUUCAAAAAAACUCUGUUUUUUCAGAGUUUGGCCAGUUACGGAAUUGGUUCCUGCCGCCUGUGCCAUGGUCCUGGAGCUCUAUCUAGACCUGCUGUCCGAGCCCUGUCGGGCCAUUUAUAUCUUCGCCAAGAAAAACGGCAUCCCGUUCCAGAUGCAUACGGUGGAUCUGCGCAAGGGUGGGCAGGGCUCCGGCUUUGGAGAGCUGAGAGAUGGGGGAGGUGAGCACCUCAGCGAUGCAUUUGCCCAGGUGAACCCCAUGAAGAAGGUACCAGCCAUGAAGGACAAUGACUUCACCUUGAGCGAGAGUGUGGCCAUCCUGCUCUACCUAACGCACAAGUACAAGGUUCCUGACCACUGGUACCCCCAAGACCUGCAGGCCCGUGCUCGCGUGGAUGAGUACCUGGCAUGGCAGCAUACAACCCUUCGGAGAAGCUGCCUCCGGGCCCUGUGGCAUAAGGUGAUGUUCCCUGUUUUCCUGGGUGAGCAGGUUCCAUCUGAGAUGCUGGCAGCCACACUGGCGGAAUUGGAUGUGAACCUACGGGUGCUUGAGGACAAGUUCCUCCAGGACAAGGCCUUCCUUGUUGGGCCCCACAUCUCCCUGGCUGACUUGGUCGCCAUCACAGAGCUAAUGCAUCCUAUAGGUGGCGGCUGCCCCGUCUUUGAAGGGCAUCCCAAGCUGGCUGCGUGGUACCAUCGAGUUGAGGCAGUGGUGGGAAAGGAGCUCUUCCGUGAGGCCAAUGAGGUCAUCCUGAAGGCUAAGGACUCGCCACCUGCCAGCCUCGUCAUAAAGCAGAAGCUGAUGCCUAGGGUGCUGACCAUGAUCCACUGAGGGCAGACCCUCCUCCCUGCACCACCCGUGGCAGUUCACAAAGCCUCACAGCACAACGGUUCUUAGGCCAGGCUCCAUCUUCACCCUCUUUCCACGAUAGCCACACACGACCACGACUAAAUUGCUAGCUUUAACUUUUUGAGUUUGGAUAAUAAACCUAGCCUCAAGUUGA